AACAGCUUAAUCUGCAGUAAAUGCAACAGCAGCAAGUCAUAUGAAGAAUGCGCCGCAAAUGCAACAACGGUGGACUGCGCAAUAGACGAUGCGCGCUGUGUGCACUUCCACUAUGAGGUGUCUCAAGAAAACUCCGGCCAAAAGACAACAUGGUUUGGCCUAGGAUGUGUGGCUAAUGGAGAAUGUUCAAGCAGCUUUUUUCCGCCUUGUAAGAGCCUUGCAGAAGGAGCGAGGGAAGAAGAUAAGAUGAAAAUCACUUGUCACGUGUCAUGCUGUGGAACUGAUUUUUGCAACUCACAAGUUUCGUUUAACUUUUCAGUGCUG